AUGGCUGGGACGCUCGACGUGCGCGCACAGCUGGACCGAGAGUGCGCCGCUGGGGAAGGCGGGGCGCGAUCUUCGGAUGCUGUGCUCAUCUGCUUUGACAUUAGCCGACCAGAAACACUGGACAGUGUCCUCAAGAAGUGGCAAGGGGAGACUCAGGAGUUUUGCCCCAAUGCCAAGGUUGUGCUGGUUGGCUGUAAACUAGACAUGCGGACCGACCUGGCCACACUGAGGGAGCUGUCCAAGCAGAGGCUUAUCCCUGUUACACAUGAACAGGGCACUGUGCUGGCCAAGCAGGUGGGGGCCGUGUCCUACGUGGAGUGCUCCUCCCGGUCCUCUGAGCGCAGCGUCAGAGAUGUCUUCCACGUGGCCACAGUGGCCUCCCUCGGCCGGGGCCAUAGGCAGCUGCGCCGUACUGACUCACGCCGGGGACUUCAGCGAUCUACUCAGCUGGCAGGACGGCCGGACCGGGGAAACGGGAAUGGGACCGGAAACGAGGGCGAGAUACACAAGGAUAGAGCCAAGAGCUGCAACCUCAUGUGAAGGGCCCCGUGGGCAGACUGAGGAGGGAAGGUGUAGGCACAGUUGUCCCCCUGCUGGCCACCGGCCUCCUGACCUCCUGACUCUGGCUGGGACUUUAGGGUGGGCGAGUGAGCAGUUCUCCUGGGCAGGGAAGCUGGAGGCAGAAGGGUACCGCCAUUCCCCACAUCCUCAUUCAGCUCCUCUCCAAGGCAAGUUGAGGGAACUAGCAGAACAGGCAUCUGGGCUGGGAGCUGGGAUGGGGCCAGGGGGUUGGGGAAGCUGGCAUCAAGCGGUGACCUUGGUUGAGUCUCAGUAUAUGAAGGGUGCCUUCCCUCCCCACCUUCAGUUCCCAUAUCCUGGUCCUGGCUUCCUUCCCCAAGGAAAGUGUCCAUUCUCUGACCUUCCCUCUUCCUCUCCUCUCACUUCUACAGCUGUUCUCACUCAUCCUAACCUCCAGGCAACAUGCACUAAAUUAAAAAGCAAGUUGAGAAGCCUCUCCCCCAAUUUACCCACCAGUCUUAGCUCCCUCCCUCCCUUCCCCCAAGAGUCCCCAAAUAAAGCCCAUGUCCAUGGAAAA